GCGGGGUCCGGGAGGCGCGCGCUGAAGAGGACUAAGCGGCUGCCGCUGCUGCUGCUGCUGCAGAAAGCGAGCGAGCCGAGCCCGGGACGGACGGACCGGCGGCGGGACCGGCGUACGGACAGACGGGCGGGCGGACGCACGCAGCAUCCCCCGAAUAGCAGACACCACUCCAAGCCCCUGAGCCCCGAGCUGCGGAGUGCUUUGAUUUGCACCGAGUGGCAGUCCGUGCGUGCCCAGCGCUCCGACCGGCACGAUGGGGAAACAGAACAGUAAGCUGGCCCCGGAGGUGAUGGAGGACCUGGUGAAGAGCACGGAGUUCAACGAGCACGAGCUUAAGCAGUGGUACAAAGGCUUCCUCAAGGACUGCCCCAGCGGCCGCCUCAACCUGGAGGAAUUCCAACAGCUCUACGUGAAGUUUUUCCCCUAUGGAGAUGCUUCCAAAUUUGCCCAGCACGCCUUCCGAACCUUUGACAAGAAUGGCGAUGGCACCAUCGACUUCCGAGAGUUCAUUUGUGCACUCUCCAUCACCUCCAGGGGCAGCUUCGAGCAGAAGCUGAACUGGGCUUUCAACAUGUAUGACCUGGAUGGUGAUGGCAAGAUCACCAGGGUGGAGAUGUUGGAGAUCAUAGAGGCAAUCUACAAGAUGGUGGGCACCGUCAUCAUGAUGAAGAUGAACGAGGACGGGCUGACGCCGGAGCAGCGAGUGGACAAGAUCUUCAGCAAGAUGGAUAAGAACAAAGAUGACCAGAUCACGCUGGAUGAGUUCAAAGAGGCAGCUAAGAGUGACCCUUCCAUCGUGUUACUGCUGCAGUGUGACAUUCAGAAAUGAGCCGGGCGGCCAGGGACUUGCCCAAUUCAGUCUGCAGCUACACACAGACACAGACACAGACACACACAUGCAAACAGACACACACAUGCAAACACACACACAUGCACACUGUACACACACGCACACACGCACACACAUACAACAUUGCUUGGAUUACCUGUAUCAAUGGAUUUGCUUUCUGUGUUUGAAACACUCAUGUGCAUGAAAAUUUUAUUUGCUAAAGAAUUUUAAAAGUCUCUAUAUUAUAAAAAGAAAAAAAAAGAAGACCCAAACCACAACCAUGUGAUGUGUCCAAUGUCAUUCCAUGCCCCUCCCUCCCUGCCUCCUCCUGAGCCCAGGCUGUGGUGCAGGGCAGCCCCCACUCGUGUCCUCCCCCUGACCCUCAUGCUCAUUCAUACGUGUCCCCUUGACUCAGUAAUGAAUCCCCCGAUUAUGUAACUAACUGUUCAAUCGGAGCUGUGUUGCCGUCCCCGCUGCCAAUCGCUGCCGGACAGACAGACGUCGGUCCGUCCCAAGCUUCCUCCACCCUCUCGCUCCCUGGGGGGAGCUCGGUCCCCCCUCCAGAGCUUGUGCUAUCAGUGAAUGUCGAUGUGUCUCAUCUGCAUGCGCCUCUUAGCCAGGUCUGCCUCUGAUCUGGUCUCAUUGCAUCUUUUCCAUCUGGAAGACCUAUGUACGAGGAAUGCAGUAUCACAUGUAAUGAAACCCCUGCUCAAAUGCUCCUUUAAUUAAGACAUCUAUCUGUCUAUCUAUCUAUCUAUACACACACAGAAGUCUAAUUAUUUAUUGGAAGUAAAAAAAAGUUAUUGGAAGUGUAUGGAUUUCUGUCUGGAUUUUCAGAAGCUUCCAAAGAGGUUGCAAUAUAUGUCCCAAAUAAAUUUAUAAUAUUUGA